CUCAAAUUUCUGUUUGGUUGGCGUUUAGUACCCCUAUAGGCACAUAUAUAACUAGUGAAUAGUUACCAUAUUAAUUUUUUGCUUUCUAAUGUUUUCCAAUAUUUUACUUCUGAUGAUAGAAGUACGCUAGUGAAACUAGUAUAGCUAAAGUGGUGGGAAUUCUUAUUAAAAGGGGGCACCUUUCGGUCAAUCUUAGCCCACAAGUCAUUCUUGCUCCCCUUCGUUAAAAAACGUCCCGGACGAGCACCACCAUUAUCAGCAGAAAUUCCUUCAGAGCCCUUUCAACAUACGAAAGUUACCACUACGAUUUCGUCGCCGUCAUGGAUCGAUUCACCAGUGGCCGGGUGGGUAAUGAUGAUACAGAAGAGCCCGGCAAUAACGAGGCAUUAGACCAUGCUGAGAACUUCAACUCAGCCGCGUCGAGCCAGCAAGCUGAAGCCCCUUGCACAGGUUGCGCAGAAUUCUUCGUGGUGCUAGCUCGUACUUCGUGCGAACACCGAUACUGCCGCCGAUACUUCAGCCAACUUGUCCAGGCAUCUCUACAGGACCACACCGCGUUCCCGCCACUAUGUUGUGGGCACCUAAUACCGCUGGACAACGACAACAAUUUGGAAUUUCUCGAUGCCGGCACAGUUUCCCGUCUUCACGGAAGGACCCAUGAGUCCCUCAUGCCGAACCCGAUCUAUUGUCAUAAUACCGGUUGCCAUCUAUUCAUAACACCCGAAAACAAUGACAAUAACCAACGAGUGGCCACAUGUGGCACAUGCAGGCAAAGUACCUGUCUGACAUGUAAGGGCGCCGCCCACGAAGGUAACUGUCCAAGCGACGAGCAGCUGGAAGAAACAAUGGAGUUGGGCAGAGAGCAGGGCUGGCAGCAGUGCCCAGGUUGCUCUGCGAUGGUUGAAAAGACCGGGGGCUUCUAUAGCUGCCGAUGUCGCCACGAGUUCUGUUAUAUUUGCGGCGCUCCGUGGAAGACUUGCGGCUGUGACCAAUUCGACACAGCCGAAGCCAACGUCCAGCCCCCAGCCUUACCCCCUUUCAACCACGGCCUUAGACACGCCGUGAUUCACCACCCAGACCUCGACAUCCAUGAAAACUGGGUUAGAGUAACGCCCGGCGAUCGUGCGCGGCAGUACGAGGCUGAAUUCGGGGGCGGACUAGCCCAGCAACCGGCGGGGCACGGACCGGACCAUGCUGAAGACGAUCGUCACGUACAGGCUCCAUGGGAGGAACCGAAUCCACCGGGAGCAAACGUGGAAGAAGGUGAAUGCAUGCAUGGCCGCUGGAUUGAGCGGCGUCAGCCGGCUCGUUGCCACUUUUGCCGACGGCGGAUGACCUAGUUCAUCUUCCAAUGUCGUUAUUGUCGGGUAUUGGCUUGUCUCCGGUGUCGAGACCAUCGGAUGUAAGUCGUGAGUGCUGGGAACAAAUAUAUACGGCCGGGACAGGAUAGGGGUACAUAUCUAAUUAUAUACAACGUUUCUAAGGAUAUAGGAUGAAAAGGAAAGGGGAUAAAGCUCAGAGACAAACCGUAGCUGACGUAGGUAGCUACAUUAUACAAAACUAACCAUUUUAUUAAUGAGGCUGAUCGUGAUUUGGAUCGACUAAGACGUGAAAAGAUUAGGUACCUAAGUAGAUAGCAUUUAUACCCAGGAUUUACGAAGCGUAGUAAAGAAAUUCUAAGGAGGUAGAUAAUAGAUUGUGAGAAAUUGAUCU